UGAAUUUUGGAAUAUUUUUCUCGAAAGUGCGUAGGAUUUCGGGGUGAAAGAUUAACAAGUGACGAUCGAUAUGGGAUCCGAUAAUGAGUUACCCGAAGACGAGGAAGAGAUUUUUGUAUACGUAGAAUUCGAGGGACCUCUCGAUGGUAAUGUAUUUAGUCAAGAACAAUUACAGUUGGAUAUGAUCGGUAUAGACACAGAACAUCCGAUAAUGCAAAUUAACGGAAAGUUCUACGAAGGUACUUAUGAAGACGUUAAUGGUACAUACAUGUUCUUUACAAAAAAUGACACUUCUGUGGUGGAUGACCCUGUCUUUGAUGUUGCUCCUGAUUUAAAAUAUUUUGCUAAAAGUAAAAAGUUUCUAAAGAUGCAAAGAGUUUUCAUGAAACCUAGAACUGAAGUUCUUGGCGAUUCUGAGCAUUGCAAAUGCAUUCCAAAUUUGGAUACACUUAAACAGGCUGGAGUACCGCAUCGAUAUCAAACAGAAGCUCUUUCUUUUUGGAAGACUAUGCGCAACAAUAGAUUGAAAGCAUUGAAUUUAUACUUAGAAAAACAACGAAUUAGGCAACAAAAAAAAUCACAAGGUAUUAUGUUAGAGUCUGAUUCCGAUGAAGAUAACCCUUUUGCCAUAUAUAGACAUAAAGAAGAAUUUGGCAGUACGAAUGUAUCUGAGGAUAUUUGUGGUAGAUUAGAAGAUGAGCAAAAUUACUCUGACAGCAAACUUUAUUCUAAAUUUAAGUUCCCUAAAGAAAUUGCCAGUGAAAAUGCAGAUGUGGCUGAAGAAAUUUCUGAGGAUAAUCUCAAGGAACUUAAGAACUUAAUAGAAGCCCAAUCCUCGGUCUCAAAAGAUCAUGGUUCUUGCCGAGUUAAAUCUAUAAAGACAUAUAAAACCAAGACAUCUCAAAAGAAGAACAUUAGUAAAGUUCAUAAUGCGCAGAGAAUAAAAAACAGAAACACACGAAUUUUAUCAAAAGAUAAAACUUCAUUACUUGAUAAUAAACAUAAAGAAUCAUUAAAUAUUGAAAAGAAAUCAGAAGAAUUGAAUAAAUACAGUGUUACUGAAAGUGUAAAUACAUUGGAUAUUACCGAAGGUGAAAAUGAAAUGUUAAAUGAGGAGCAUAUAGCUGCAUUGAUUGAAAGGUCAAAAAUGGAAGCUAAUCAAAUAGAUUCAACUAAUAGCAAAACUAUAAAACAACUGAAACGAGAAGCAAAAAUGAAAGAGAUUUUAGAAAAGUUGAAGGCAAUUGCAGAAGAAAAUACAAACACAGCAGUGAAUUGAUAUAAAUAUUUGUAAGUACAGUUCAUUAUUUCACCAAUCCAAAUCACCAGGAAGUUCAUCGGGAUAAUCUCCGGUUAAACAAGCAGUACAGUGACCAAUGUAACUGCUUUCUCGAUUAUCCAUACCAAAUCUUACAGCUUUAAUAAGUCCAUCCACUGAGAGCAUAGCCAUGUGCUGCUGCAGUUCCAGAUUCAGGUACUGAACUGACUAUAUCUGCAUCCACUGGACAUUCUAAAGCAAGUUCUCGUCCACAUUGCAUGCGAACAGAAUAAACCAUUUGUCCUAUCAAGAAAUACUUCGCGCACAUAUCGUGCUCCAAUACUUAAAAAUCCACAAGAUUCGGAUGAAAUGACCCAACCUUCGGCUUCGUCGUCAUCGUCUGAUUCAUCUCCUGCUGCAUGAAAAUAUUACAUCAAAUUGA